UACACAUUUGAGUAUUUUACUUAGAAGUUGUGUUUUCUCUUUCAGAAAGCGCCAUAACUAUAGGCACUGCCGAGAAUGAGGAACAACUGAAUAUUAGUGAUGUUUUUGAGGCGAUCACAUUGGCGGACCCGACGUUCGGCGCGGGCGCAGGCGCCGGCAUAGACGAUAGCAUGGCGCGCCGCGACCAGCCCUACGUAGAGAUCGUCGAGCAGCCGGCCAGUAAGGCGCUCAGAUUUCGCUACGAGUGUGAAGGUCGGUCGGCGGGCUCGAUCCCCGGCGUGAACAGCACCACAGACAACAAGACUUACCCCACGAUCAAGAUAUGCGGCUACACGGGUCAGGUCGUCAUCGUCGUGUCGUGUGUCACCAAAGAUGAACCUUACAGAGCGCACCCUCACAACCUGGUGGGUCGCGAGCGCUGCGAGCGCGGCGUGUGCACGAUCCCGCUGCGCAUCACGGAGGACAGCUGCGAGCACCAGUUCAAGAACCUCGGCAUCCAGUGCGUCAAGCGGCGGGACAUCGCCGACGCGCUCACCGUCCGCGAGAAGCUGAGAGUAGACCCUUUUAGAAAAAACUUCGACCACAAGAACCACCCUCAGAGCAUCGACUUGAACGCGGUGCGACUAUGCUUCCAAGUGUUCCUGCCGGACGAGUCGGGGCGGCUGCGGCGGCCGCUCGCGCCCGUCGUGUCCGACGUCAUCUACGACAAGAAGGCCAUGAGCGACCUCCACAUCAUGCGCUCCAGCCACUGCUCCGGGCCGGCUCGGGGCGGCACGCAGGUUAUUCUGCUGUGUGAAAAGGUGACCCGAGAAGACAUAGAAGUGGUAUUCUACCAAGAAGAGAAUGGACACGUAGUGUGGGAGGAGAUGGCGAUCAGGAUCCUCGUGCACAAGCAAGUGGCCAUCGCCUUCGAAACCCCCGCGUACAGGUUCCCUAACAUCACUGACCAUGUGAACGUGCAUUUCCAGCUGAAGCGCAUGUCGGACAACGCCCGCAGCAACUCGCUGCCGUUCGAGUACAUCCCGGACUUCUCAGAUAUGAGUAGUAAGAAGCGAAAGGUGUUACGAAGCUACGAACUUGAAAGUAAGUUCAUAAAUAUUUUACAUCCGUGUAUAUACACGCUGACUUUUGUCUGUCCCUACAUACAUUUCAAACCAAAAGGUUUCAAUUUGAGCCAUGGGCUGUAUUAACACUAAUUCUUGUUUAAAAAAUAUUAGAAUUCCGGAUACAAAGUCAGCGUGUACUUAAAAUUUCCUGAGCAAGUCUAAAUUACAUAAUUUUAAGCUUAUUCAAAUGUGUUUUGGGACGCAUUGGUAAUGGGGUAAUGCUAUCUAACAAUAUGCUAAAGAAUUAUUAAUGUCAUGGAUAUUGUAUUUUUAAUUAAGUACGCGGGGUUUGCAUUUUGUUUGACCAUAAGUUAGAAAAAGUCAUCAUGGUCUAUGGUGUGAUCAUAGAUUCGUCUAUUUCAUUUUUUCUUUGUAUGUUGGCAAGUUAAUAAAAAAAUAUAUUUUGUAUUGUAAAACAAUAUAUGGCUAUAGCAUAUUGUUUUUUUGGAUACGUAGAUUAGUUCUGAAUUAUUGCAAAGUGAUGGUUUAACUAACAUUUAGGUAAAAUAGAUAAAUUAAUUGUAAUAGUUAUGUAAAUGUUUUUCUAACGCGAAUUAGUCGUAGUUCGUUAAAGCAAAGUUUUAAUGGCGAUAUACGGAACAUUACUACCUGUAGUUAUUAAACACUAGUUCGACCUAGCUUGUUGUCUAAAAGCUAGUCCAUAAUAGCCGACAAAUAUGACGUUACCUCUUAGGGAAAAAUAAGCGAGGCCGCGCACUGUAGAAGUUCGAACGGUGUAACUCUUCAAUAAGUACAACAAACCUAAUAGAAAUAGGUAGUAGCGACUUAAUCGAAGGAUAAGAAAUAGCUAUUUUCGUUCAGAUAUAAAAUGUUUUAAUGUGUUAAAACACGAACAAAAGUGCUAUUAUCUUGUAAAAGUAUUUUGAAAACCUUAUCUAAUUUAUUGUUCUGUAUAAUGCGCCAA